AUGCCAAGAUGGGGGGAGGGGAAAGGAAUUACUAGUGAAGUUGAGUUGCCCUCCUUCCCAGGGCUUGCGGGGGUCAGAUCCCGAAAGAGUGAGUUACACCAACUGGAGCACAACGUCCUCCGGGGAAUCCUACGAAUGAGGGGAACGCGAAAAGAGACGUGCAGUGAAAGCGUCGGGACGAAAGGCGAUUCGAGAGCAGCACCGAUGCAGGUCCCCCAAACUCACUGGCCAGUCAGGCACGGGUCUUCCUUCACCGGGAAUGCGGGUUUGGGCAAGGAUCGGGGCCGUCGGGAGUAUCAUCAGGUGUCAAUCAUCCUAACACUAACAGUCUAUCGGAUUUGGGGAAAAGAUGGGGAAAAUGAUGUCGUCGCUAUCGAAUUGGCGAUGAGCAGCUAG